AUGGCUAUCAGAACAUCGAGAUCUCUUGAAGCCAUCUUCUCUUCAUCUUCUUCCCCCCGUUCCAACUGGAUCUAUGACGUUUUCUUGUUUUUCAGAGGCGAAGACAUGCGCAAAAAUUUCACCAACCACCUUUACUUUGCUUUGAGAGAUGCUGGAAUCAAAAUCUUUAAAGAUGACAAUGAGCUCCAAAGAGGACAAUACCUUGCAUCCAAAUUGAUACGGGCAAUCCAAGGAUCCAAAAUCUCUAUCAUCGUUUUCUCAAGGAACUAUGCGGCUUUGAGGUGGUGCAUGGAGGAACUUGUGGAAAUUAUGGAGUGUCGAAGAACUUUGAAGCAACUGGUUCUACCUAUAUUCUAUGAUGUUGAGCCCUCUGAUGUGAGAAACCAGACAGGUAGUUUUGCAGAAGCAUUCGCGAAACAUGAAGAGCAUUACUUGUUGGACAUGGACACAGUUCUCAAGUGGAGAAGAGCUUUUUUGUCUGAGGCUGCUAAUUUGUCAGGGUGGGAUCUAAGAAAAACGGCAGACGAGCAUGAAGCUAAGUUUAUUAGGAAAAUUGUAGAAGAGAUUUCAAGAGAACUGAACAACACACACUUGCUUAUAGCACUCUACCCAGUUCGAGUAGAUUCUCAUGUUCAAGACAUAACUUUUGGGUUAAAUGUUGGAGCUAACGAUAUUCGCAUGGUAGAGAUCUUGGGAAUGGGCGGAAUUGGCAAAACAACCAUUGCUAAAGCCAUUUAUAACCAAUUUUUUCAUGGACUUGAAGACCAAAUGGAGCAACUGAAUGCAAUAUAUAGAAGGCGUGAAUGGUUUGGUUUGGGAAAUAGAAUGAUUAUAACAACGAGAGAUGAGCAUUUGCUAAAGGAGCUAGAAGUGGAUAUUGUAUAUAGAGUUACAACAAUGAAUGACAUUGACUCUCCUGAGCUCUUUAGUUGGCAUGCCUUUAGGAAUAGUUAUCCUAUUGAAGAUUAUACUGAUUUGUCAAGAAGAAAGGAUAUAGACUAUGUUGUAAAAAUAUUGGAUGGCUGUGGUUUUUUUGCAAAGAUUGGAAUCAGUGUCCUCAUUCAGCGGUGUCUUCUUAAAGUUAGUGAGACAAACGAGUUUACAAUGCAUGAUUUGUUGCGAGACAUGGGAAGAGAAAUCGUUCGUGAAAAACACCCCAACAAACCUGGGAAAUGGAGUAGAUUAUGGUUGCAUGAGGAUGCAUUUGAUAUAUUGACAAAGCACGAGGGAACAAACUCAGUUGAAGGACUUACUUUAGAAUUGACAAGUCUAAGUAAGAUGAAUUUCAAUUCAGAAGCAUUUAUGAAGAUGCAGAGACUAAGAUUACUCCAACUUGAUCACGUACGACUCACUGGAGACUAUAAAUAUCUUUCCAAAGAAUUAAGGUGGCUCUGUUGGCAUGGAUUCCCUCUAAAGUUUAUUCCAAAGGACUUUUAUCCAAGAAACUUAGUUGUAAUUGACUUGCAAUAUAGCAAUCUCAAAAAAGUUUGGGAAAGUCCCAAGUUGCUUGAGAAGAUGAAAAUUUUAAAUCUCAGUCACUCUCAUUAUCUGAGCCAGACCCCUGACUUUUCAAAACUCCCAAAUCUAGAGCAAUUAAUACUUGAAGAUUGUACGAGUUUGCUUGAGGUUCACCACUCCAUUGGAGAUCUUAGUAAUCUUGUUUUGGUGAAUUUGAAAGAUUGCAAAUGCCUUAAAAGUUUGCCAAGGAGUUUCUAUAACUUGAAGUCUCUAGAAACUCUCAUUCUUUCUGGGUGUUCUAAAAUGCACAAUUUGGCUGACAACUUGGGGGAGAUGGAAUCAUUGACAACUCUUCUUGUAGACAGAACUGCUAUAAGACAAGUGCCUUUUAGUAUAGUGCAACUGAAGAAUCUCAAAUAUUUAUCUCUAUGUGGGUGUAAAGGAUCACCGUCUAAGUCAUUGCCAUCACUCUUUUGGUCUUGGAUAUCACCAAGGAAAAGUCCUAAGUCAGUCAAUCUACUGCCUGCUACACUACAAGGCUUGAACUCACUAACACACUUAUGUCUCUGGGACUGCAAUUUAUUGGAUGACGGAAUUCCUACAGAUCUUUGGAAUUUAUGUUCUCUUAAAAUUUUAGAUUUAAGAUGCAAUAGUUUUGAAAGUCUAUCAACAAGCCUAGGUGGUCUUUCGAAGCUUCAAGAUCUCAGAUUGGCUCACUGUAGAAAGCUUAAAUCAAUUCCGGAUUUACCAGCAAGUUUGAUUUUUUUAGAUGCAAAACACUGCACUGCACUGGAAAGAAUGCCGGAUCUAUCAAAGCUCUCAAAUAUGAAUGGUUUGUGCCUUACUAACUGUCACAAAUUAGUCAAAAUUCCAGGUUUGGAUAAGCGUUCAAAUCCUAUUGUAUCUGUUGCCAUGGAAGGGUGCAUGAAUCUAACACAUACUUUUAAGCAAAGCUUCCUACGGCUACAGGAAUGGGUUAUACGUGGAGUUGGUAGAGUGUUUGGUAUUGUCCUCCCCGGCAAUCAAAUCCCUGAUUGGUUCACAUAUCAGUGUGAGGGAUCCUCGGUACAUUUUAAAGUACCUACUGCUGAUCCCAUAUUGAAAGAGUUUGGUGUAUGUGUUGGCUUUGCAUCACGUGUUCAAGUAUUAGCUUCAUCUAAAGGUAGCAUGUCAUUUAUCAACCAUACCAAGAAUACUAUUCAGACUAAUUUGUCAGCAACAACUGGUGGCCCAUUUGCUCCUGGAGAUCACCUAUUGCUAGGCAAUAUUGUUCUUACCAAUGAUUUUGAGGAUGGUAAUGAAGUAGAGGUUCUUGUAGAAUGGGGGCCUGAAAUCAUUGUGAAGAAAAUAGGGGUCUAUCUAGUAUAUGAAAGGGUUGUAGAUGGAAAAGAUGAGGAUCAUGCCAUUGUUGUCAGUGAUGAUGAGGAUGACAAUAAGAAUAUAGAAAAUAGAUGCUCCUCUAAGGGAAAAAUGAGAUCUCCAAAUAUGAUUGAUGAUUCACAAACUUUGAUGAAAGAGAAAAAGCUCAAAAAGCUUGCUACAGAGGAAAAUGAGUAUUAUUUUUACUCUUCUGUGACAAGAUCUCAAAAGUUUCAAUUUGAGUAG